GGCGCAGCAUCCUCCCGCCGGGGGCAGCGCUUUAGCGGGGUAGUUAGUUUGCAGCCGCUGCCCAUGGCUCCGCGCUGCAGCAGCAGCCUCAGCCUCCGGCCGCCAGGACCGUAGCCCCUCCCCAGGACCGGUCGGCAGCCCCCCUCGGGACCGGACGGUAGCCCCCCAGGACCGCAAGGCAGCCCUCCCCGGGACCGGACAGCAGCCCCCCCACCCGGGACCGGACAGGAGCCCUCCACACGGGACCGGACAGCAGCCCCCGACCCAGGACCGGACGGGAGCCCUCGGGACCGGACAGUUCACCCCCCCCCCCCCCCCCCCCGCACCAGGACCGGACAGCAGCCCUCCCCAAGACCGGACGGGAGCCCUCCCCGGGACCGCACAGCAGCCCUCCCUUCUGCCCAGGAUCUGACGGUAGCCCCCCAGGACCGGACGGCAGCCCCCUCCCCACCCCGGGACCGGACGGUAGCCUCCGCCCCACCCCCCCGGAGCGGCGAGCAGCCCCCGGUGUCCGCUGCGGUUGGGGGAGGCGGAGAGGGCGGGAAGUAGGGCAGGGAGGGGACGGUGUCCCGGCCGGCGUCCCCGCCCGGAGCGCAGGUGGGAGGCCCGGGCCACCCCGCUCCCCGCCUGCCCGCGGCGCCGCCCGGAGCCGGCAUGGAGGAGGAGGCGGCCCCCCGGGCCCCGGCCCCCCACGAGCUGCCGGCGGCCGCCGUGCUGCGGACCUUCGCCGUGGACCAGAGCCGCGGGCUGAGCCCGGAGCAGGUGCUCCUCAGCCGGGACAAGUACGGGCCCAACGAGCUCCCGGCCGAGGAGAGGAAGUCCCUCUGGGAGCUGGUGCUCGAGCAGUUCGAAGAUCUCCUCGUUCGUAUCCUCCUCCUGGCCGCCUUCGUCUCCUUUGUGCUGGCCUGGUUAGAGGAGGGGGAAGAGACGGUCACCGCGUUCGUGGAGCCGAUCGUCAUCCUCCUCAUCCUCCUCAGCCAAUGCGUCGUGGGAGUGUGGCAGGAGAGGAACGCGGAGAGCGCCAUCGAGGCACUGAAGGAGUAUGAGCCGGAGAUGGGGAAGGUGAUCCGCGCGGGCCGCAAGGGCGUGCAGAGGGUCCGGGCCCGUGACAUCGUCCCCGGGGACAUCGUCGAGGUGGCAGUUGGUGACAAGGUCCCGGCCGACAUCCGCAUCAUCGAGGUCAAGUCCACCACGUUGAGAGUGGACCAGUCCAUCCUCACAGGUGAAUCCGUGUCGGUGACCAAGCACGCGGACCCCAUCCCCGACCCCCGCGCCGUCAACCAGGACAAGAGGAACAUGCUGUUUUCGGGCACCAAUGUCGCCGCGGGCAAGGCGACGGGUGUGGUGGUCGCCACGGGCAUCCGCACGGAGAUCGGCAAGAUCCGGGACCAGAUGGUGGCCGGGUCCGGGGCGGAGCGGACGCCGUUGCAGCAGAAGCUGGACGAGUUCAGCCGUCAGCUGUCCAAGGUCAUCUCGCUGGUGUGCGCGGCCGUGUGGAUCAUCAACAUCGGCCACUUCGGCGACCCCGUCCACGGCGGCUCCUGGCCGCGAGGCGCCGUCUACUACUUCAAGAUCGCCGUGGCCCUGGCCGUGGCCGCCAUCCCCGAGGGCCUACCGGCCGUCAUCACCACGUGCCUGGCCCUGGGCACCCGCCGCAUGGCCAAGAAGAACGCCAUCGUCCGGAGCCUGCCCUCCGUGGAGACGCUGGGCUGCACCUCGGUCAUCUGCUCCGACAAGACCGGCACCCUGACCACCAAUCAGAUGUCUGUGAGCCGGAUGUUCAUCCUGGACAAGGUCACGGAGCAGGACUGCAGCCUGCACGAGUUCAGCAUCACCGGCUCCACCUAUGCCCCCGAGGGCCUUGUGCUGAAGGACGGUGUGCCGGUGCGCUGCGGGCAAUUUGACGGGCUCAUGGAGGUGGCCACCAUCUGCGCCCUCUGCAAUGACUCCUCUCUGGACUACAACGAGGCCAAGAAAGUGUACGAGAAGGUCGGGGAGGCCACGGAAACGGCGCUGACGUGCUUGGUGGAGAAGAUGAACGUGUUCGACACGGACCUCCGGUCCCUCACCGAAGUGGAGCGGGCCAGCGCCUCCAACUCGGUGAUCCGACAGCUGAUGCGGAAGGAGUUCACCCUGGAGUUCUCCCGGGACCGCAAGUCCAUGUCUGUCUACUGCACGCCCACCAGGCCCAGCCCCUCCAACUCCAGCAGCAAGAUGUUCGUGAAGGGAGCCCCCGAGAGUGUGAUCGAGCGCUGCAGGUACGUGAGGGUGGGCAGCCACACGGUCCCGCUCACGGGCACGGUGCGGGAGACCGUCCUGGCACGCAUCCGGGCGUGGGGCACGGGCAGCGACACCCUGCGCUGCCUGGCGCUGGCCACCCGCGACGCCCCGCCCAGGAGGGAGGAGAUGCAGCUGGAGGACGCCUCCCAGUUCGCCACCUACGAGAGCCAGCUGACGUUGGUGGGCUGCGUGGGCAUGCUGGACCCCCCGCGCCAGGAGGUGAGCGCGUCCAUCGAGCUGUGCCGCCAGGCGGGCAUCCGCGUGGUCAUGAUCACCGGGGACAACAAGGCCACGGCCGUGGCCGUCUGCCGGCGCAUCGGCAUCCUGUCCCAGACGGAGGAGGCGGACGGCCGGGCCUUCACCGGCCGUGAGUUCGACGACCUGACGCCGGAGGACCAGCGACGCGCCUGCGGGUCGGCCUGCUGCUUCGCCCGUGUGGAGCCCGCCCACAAGUCCAAGAUCGUCGAGUACCUGCAGUCCUUCCACGAGAUCACCGCCAUGACGGGUGACGGUGUGAACGACGCCCCGGCGCUGAAGAGGGCGGAGAUCGGCAUCGCCAUGGGGUCCGGCACGGCGGUGGCCAAGUCGGCGGCGGAGAUGGUGCUGUCGGAUGACAACUUCUCCACCAUCGUGGCGGCCGUGGAAGAGGGCCGCGCCAUCUACAACAACAUGAAGCAGUUCAUCCGCUACCUCAUCUCCUCCAACGUCGGCGAGGUGGUCUGCAUCUUCCUGACGGCCGUCCUGGGGUUGCCCGAGGCCCUGAUCCCCGUCCAGCUGCUGUGGGUCAACCUGGUGACCGACGGGCUGCCGGCCACGGCCCUGGGCUUCAACCCUCCCGACCUGGACAUCAUGGCGAAGAAGCCCCGCGACCCCCGGGAGCCCCUCAUCAGCGGCUGGCUCCUCUUCCGCUACCUGGCAGUCGGGGUGUACGUGGGGCUGGCCACGGUGGGCGCCGCCACCUGGUGGUUCUUGUACGACGCCGACGGGCCUCAAGUCACCUUCCACCAACUGAGAAACUUCAUGAGAUGCACAGAGCACAACCCACUCUUUGAAGGGGUGGACUGUGGGGUCUUUGAGUCCCACUACCCCACCACCAUGGCGCUGUCGGUGCUGGUGACCAUCGAGAUGUGCAAUGCCCUCAACAGCGUCUCCGAGAACCAGUCGUUGUUGCGGAUGCCACCGUGGCUCAACUGGUGGCUGCUGGGGGCCAUCGUGAUGUCUAUGGCCCUGCACUUCAUCAUCCUCUACGUCAAGCCCAUGCCGCUCGUCUUCCAGGUGACCCCCUUGAACUGGGGCCAGUGGCUGGUGGUGAUGCAGAUCUCCUUCCCGGUCAUCCUGCUGGACGAGGGCCUGAAGUUCCUCUCUCGCCAGCGACCGGGAGGGGGAGAAGGACAAAAAGUGACCGGGAGGCCGGCAGAGCUGGCAGAGCCGCUGAGGGGCCCAGGUGGCACCGAAGACCCCCGAGGGCACCCAUUCCCCGGCAGCCACGCCGGGCUGCGGAGAUCGAGCCGCUGGUCCCCGGGGUCCCUGGCCCAACCUAGUGGAGGGGAAACCUGUAUUUUUAUUCCGUCGCAUUCCGGAGGGUCCGGGGGUCCCUUCCGCUGGGUCUGGAGUACCCCACCUCCCAACCCAUCCCGCCUUCUGGCACUGCCUCUCUCCCCACGACCCUCUCCGUGUGGGCGGCGAGGUGAACGAGGCCGGCCCUCCGUGGACUGCCCGCUCGGGCACACGGGGGGCCGCUGGGAGCUCGGGGAUGUCCAGAGAUCGGCUUGGCAGGCAGGGUGUCCUGGCCCUCAGCUGGACAUCCCCUGCCAAGCAAGGUGCCACCUUUUGGGGCUGCCCCACCCCCGCCCUGGGCCCUUCUCCUACUGGAGCAGGCCUGGGGUGCGGGUGCCCGCAGACCCCACUUCGUUCUCUAGGCUCCCUGCAUUCCACCUGUGUCUCCCUCUGCCCCUCUGUGUCUGAAGAACAAGGCUGGUUCCCUUCAUGCUCCAUGGAUCUGUUUCACUGGGUUGCUGGGUAAGGGGGGUGUGCAUUUGGUGGGGGAGAAUCUCCCCUCUGCUCUGCUCCCCCCCACAGCACCCGGGGGCAAAACCACAGCUGGAGGUCAAGAGGAGUGGACAACCUCCUCCUCCCUGCCCCCUUGUCCCCCUCCUCCCUGUCCCCCUCAUCCCCCUCCUUCCUAUGUCCCUCCUCCCAGCAUCCUGCCUAUUCCUUGCCUCCCCGCGCUGAGUCCCUCCUCCCUGCCUCCCUAAAGGGGCACUGUUUCCAGAAAUAGUUGGGGGUUUGGGAACUCUGGAGGAAUUUUCUCGGCAAGGAACUGGACCCCCAUCGCUUUAGGCCUACGUGCUGAGUUGGGCCAAGGGGCUCACGGGUGAUUCCUUGGGAGACUGGGAAAAUCCCUGCGCUGAAAGGCCUGGAGCUAUCCCGAUGACCUCUUGGAGGCAGAUGAACGGAGAUGACCGCCAAGAGUGGCCUCUCUAACCCCAGAACUGUGGUUGGAAGGGAAGAGGGGACGGGGAGGUCGAGGUGGGCCGGAGCGCCCCGGACCGCCCUGCCUCUGUCUCCCUCUGGCAGGGGUGGGGGAGGCGGGUUAGACCCAGAAGUGGGCAUGACCCUUCCUCACCUGGAAAAGGUGAUGCAGCUUCUGGCAUGCCAGGGGCCCCAGCAGACUGGGGUAGUGAGAACCACUGUGUUGCGAGGGUGGGAUUUGGCGGGCGGAGGGAGGAAGGGGGCGGUGUGUGUGUGCGUGUGUGUGCAUGCAUGUGUAUGUAUUUUAAAUUUUUUUCUGAAUGGGCAAAAGGCUUUCUGCAGCUUUUGGGUUUCUCCCUGCCCUGGUAGUGAGUGAAGAGAAAACACCUGGGCUCCUGCUUCCCUGCCCAGUGAGAUUCGGGGGAGAGAGGGGAAGAGGGCCCCAAAUCCUUUUAAAUCAAUCUCUUGCUCGGCACCUCCUCUCACGUUGAAACGGGGUAGGGGGCUGGCUGUCAGACCCCAGCCUCGCCACUAUCCUUUUCCACAGAGAUGUCCCCCCACCCUCCCAUAACCGAAUGUGGGGAGAGAUGGUGGUAUCCCCAGCCUGGGCAUCCCCUCCCCAAGCCGAUUCACCACUUAGGGGAAUACUCUUAGUUGUAUUUAUAGUGGGGGGGGGGAGUAGGGAGUGACUUGGAUGCCUCCCUCAACCCUCCCCACAGCCCCUGCUGUGCUCCCAGGAAAGGUCACCCUGGGGGCUGGACGCAAUGCAGGCCAGGAGGAGGGGCGAGACCGCAAGGGGUCACCCGGAGUGGACGACCCCAAGACCCCCAAGAACGUGGCCCUCUGGUUUGGGGCCAUCUCAAUCACCUGGACCGGAUCCAUUAGUAGACUCACACCAUUGGUGUGAGCUCUCUGGCCUGAGGGCUGAUAGGGCGACGUGGGUCUGGGCAGAGACAGGGGACACCCUUCCCCAAAACCUCAUGAUAGAGACCGAGGAUUGCUCUGCCCCCUACACUUUAGAGCGGGGAGGUUAGGGGGGAGGAAGCGCCCACUGGAGUUUUCUACCGGAUUCCAGGAGAGCGGUAUUUCGGGGGCCCCUGGGGAUGGCUAAGGUGCCCACAGACAGGAGUGGAGAAGAGAGGGGGCGGGAGAGGGAGCGGGGCAUCGCCGUAGUUUCACAGGAGUGGCCUGCUGGGUUUGCACAAUACUGAGGUGAUUGUUAUCUAUUCAUGAAAAUAUGGAAAUAAAAACGGUUUUCCUGGUGUGUGCUCCCUUUGGC